AUGAAGAUUGAAGAAGUUAAGAGCACCGUGCGUACCCAACGCAUCGCCGCCCACAGCCACGUGAAGGGGCUCGGGCUGGACGAGGCCGGAUCGGCCAUACAGAGCGCAGCUGGACUAGUGGGCCAGAAAGCGGCCCGCGAGGCAGCCGGCAUCGUUGUCGACCUGAUCAAGUCAAAAAAAAUGGCCGGCAGAGCCCUGCUGCUGGCUGGCCCACCGGGUACCGGGAAAACCGCCAUUGCCCUGGCCAUCGCCCAGGAGCUGGGCAACAAAGUGCCCUUCUGCCCCAUGGUGGGAUCUGAGGUAUUUAGCAACGAAAUCAAGAAGACCGAGGUGUUGAUGGAGAACUUCCGCCGCUCUAUUGGGCUUCGCAUCCGUGAGACCAAAGAGGUGUACGAGGGCGAAGUCACAGAACUCACUCCAGUGGAAACCGAGAAUCCCAUGGGUGGCUAUGGCAAGACCAUCAGCAACGUGGUCAUAGGCCUGAAGACGGCCAAGGGCACCAAACAGCUAAAGCUCGAUCCAAGCAUCUUCGAUGCCUUGCAAAAGGAGAAGGUGGAGGUUGGGGAUGUGAUAUACAUAGAGGCCAACAGUGGAGCAGUCAAGCGCCAGGGACGCAGCGACACUUUUGCCACUGAGUUUGAUCUUGAAACCGAGGAGUACGUGCCGCUGCCCAAAGGCGAUGUGCACAAGAAGAAAGAAGUGAUCCAGGAUGUCACUCUUCAUGACCUGGAUGUUGCCAAUGCCCGUCCGCAGGGCGGUCAGGAUGUGCUCUCUAUGAUGGGCCAACUCAUGAAGCCCAAAAAGACAGAAAUAACAGACAAACUACGCUUGGAAAUCAACAAGGUGGUAAACAAGUACAUUGACCAGGGAAUAGCAGAGCUAGUACCAGGUGUCCUUUUUAUUGAUGAGAUACACAUGCUUGACCUGGAGACCUUCACCUAUCUGCACAAGUCGCUGGAGUCCCCCAUAGCCCCAAUUGUGAUUUUUGCCACCAAUCGCGGACGCUGUGUAAUUCGUGGUACAACCGACAUUGUCUCCCCUCACGGCAUUCCGCUGGAUCUUCUGGAUCGCCUGUUGAUCAUCCGCACUUUACUUUACUCCACCGCCGACAUGGAGCAGAUCAUUAAGCUUCGCGCCCAGACGGAGGGUCUUCAGCUGGAGGAGUCUGCCUUCGGGCGCCUAAGUGAGAUUGGAACCAAUUCUACGCUGCGCUAUGCUGUGCAGCUCCUGACCCCUGCUCACCAGAUGUCCAAGGUGAACGGUCGCAGCCAGAUCAGCAAGGACGACAUCGAGGAUGUGCACUCACUCUUCCUCGAUGCAAAGCGUUCCUCGAAGCAUCUUUCCGAGAAGAACAAUAAGUUUAUGUUGUAAGUUUAGUGCUUGCGCCAGAAUUGUAAUUCCAUUCGCACCAAUUAAUAAAAAAAUAACGAAUUUGGUCA